CUACGGUUCUCCAGGGCUUGCUACAGCCUUUUGCUUCUGUUAAUCAGUGUCGAGGGGUGCCUGCCGAGUUUGUUUAUUCCUCGACUAUAAAGUAAUGAAAUGCUUCCGGCCUUCGGCAGUGCGGUGUCCCCUAUGCCUCUCUUUGUCGCGUUGAGGGCCUCACCCAUCGCUCAGCGGCAGUCCCGGCUCUUCACAAGAACCAUGGCAAGGUGGGCACCUUCAUUCCACCGUGGCUGCAUGUCUGUCUGUCUGUGUGUCUGACUGUCUGUGCGCAGGCAUUCGUUCAGAGAGCAUCUCGGCACGUCGGAGAUGGCCGAUUCCUACCCCUUCGGCGACUUCCGCAUUGCAAAGGAGAAUGUCUUCUUCUGGAGCCCUCGAAGCAUAGCUUUUGUCAACCUCAAACCCAUCCUCAGCGGCCACGUGCUCGUCACACCAAGAGCCGUCAAGAAGGUGCGAUGCGAUGCGAUUGGCCCAUCCCAUAAUGCUCGCCGCCCCUCUCCAUUGCUCGCGUGUCGAUUUGCUUGUCGUGUGGCGUCAGAGGUUUCGGGAUUUGGAUGCUGACGAAGUGGCUGACCUGUGGCAGAGUGUGCAGAAGGUGGCCAUGUUGAUGGAGCGGCACCACGGUGCGGAGGCCAUGACGAUGGCCAUCCAAGACGGCGAGGCAGCCGGCAUGACAGUGGCGCACUGUCACGUCCACAUCAUCCCAAGGCACAGGGGCGACUUCAGCAAGAACGAUGAGAUCUACGACGCACUGGAUAACGCCAACAUCGGCCAGGCGGCCCGUGAGGCCCAGUCGCCCUCGUCUCAGUCGUCGACGCAGAUGAGCCAGCAGCACCACCACCAUGGUGUGGCGCCCGACCCCCAACCAGAGCAGCAAACGAGACGGUGGGAGGGGGAGAGGAUUGGUUAUUCCCUGUCCGUGAUAUUGGUGUUGAUGUGGGUGUUAUGCAGGACGAGGACACGUGAGGAGAUGGCUGCUGAGGCUGCUGAGCUGAGGGAGGUCGUUAGGAGGGCCGCGGAGCACCCAGAGGCCUUCGGUUGAGUAUGUUUCUACUGCAGAGAGGAGCCAAUUCCUGAAUGCGAGUGCAGACACGUGUGUGUAGUGUAGCACUUUGAGUGACCAACGGAGGGC